CGUCAUCAGAACAAAAUGAAUAAGAAAAGAUUCUUUCUUGACCCUCCAGAGGUCAAAGACUACCUGGUCAAAGGAGAACGAUUCACCAAGUGGUCAGAGGACUCCACAAAGACGGUUCCUGUCACCAUGAAGAUGGAUCCGAAAGGGUUUUACGUCUACUGGGUCAACCAAAGCAAGGAGACGACGUUCCUGGAUGUUGCAACCAUCCGGGACACGAGAACAGGAAAAUUUGCUAAACUUCCCAAACAACCAAAAGUACGCAACGUGUUCAACAUGGAUUUCCCAGACAGCAACCACCUCGCCAAAACGCUGACCAUCGUCUCAGGUCCAGACACGGUGAACCUGACCUAUCAUAACUUCUUUGCCUCCAAGGAGAAAGUGACACAGAGCUGGGCAGACGACAUUCUGGCAAUCGCAUACAACCCAGCAAGAAACAACUCAUGCAGACAAGUUUUCCUGGAUAAAAUAUACGUCCGCAUUUCCCUUCAAACCAAUAAGGAUGGAAAGAUCCCAGUGAAGAAUAUUUACAAGAUGUUUCCUGCAGACAAGAAGAGGGUUGAAAGUGCCUUAGCAGCAGCACACCUCCCUAAAGGAAAGUAUGACACCAUAAAACAUGAUGUGUUCACCGAAACCGCCUUCAGGACCUUCCUGACCAAUCUCUGCCCUCGGCCAGAAAUCUACGAGAUCUUCACCAAUUACUCCACUAAACCCAACAUGACGAAGGAGAAUUUCACUAAGUUCCUCAACGAGAAACAAAGAGACUCCCGUCUCAACGAGGAGCUGUUUCCCCGUCUUCGUCCAGACCAGAUCAAGGCUCUCAUCGACAAGUAUGAACCCACCGCUAAUGUUUCCAACAGAGGCAUGAUUUCUCCAGAAGGCCUCUUGUUCUUCCUGAUGGGUUCGGAGACUUCGGUUGUGAUGCAGGAUAAGCUGGCCAAGUGUCAGGAGAUGAAUCAACCGUUACCUCAUUACUUCAUCAAGUCUUCCCACAACACGUACCUAACAGCUGGUCAGUUCUCCGGCGUGUCCUCUCCUGAGAUGUAUCGUCAGUGUCUACUGUCCGGCUGUCGGUGUCUGGAGCUGGACUGCUGGAAGGGGAAACCUCCAGAAGAAGAGCCCAUCAUUACUCAUGGCUUCACAAUGACCACUGAAAUCCUUUUCAAGGAUGUGAUCGAAGCCAUUGCAGAAAGUGCCUUCAAGACUUCAAAGUAUCCGGUUAUCCUCUCAUUCGAGAACCACGUUGACUCGGUGAAACAGCAAGAAAAGAUGGCAAACUACUGCAAAACCAUAUUUGGAGAUGCUCUGCUAACAGAGCCUUUGGAAAAAUACCCCCUGAAGCCAGGCCAACAGAUUCCCAGCCCCACUGAGCUCAUGGGCAAAAUCCUCAUCAAGAACAAAAAGGGGCACACAGAAACGCCUGCUCAGAAUAAAAAACCCAGCACAGCAGUCACUGAUCAGACUGCAGCAGCUGAAACCCCCCAGGACCCAAACACCUCCACCCAGGAUGACCCUGCAGCAAGCACUCAAGAGAACCAGGCUGAAGGAGAGGCAGCUCUGGAGGACGCAGAGGAGCAGGAAGAUGCAGAAGAACAGGAUGAGGAGAAAAUGAAGACAUCAGAUGAGGGCACAGCAGGGCAAGAAGUGACAGCGUACGAGGCAAUGUCAUCUAUAGUCAACUACAUCCAGCCCAACAAAUUCAUCUCUUUCGAGAACGCCAAAAAGAAAAACAAGAGUUACGCCAUUUCAUCUUUUGUGGAGACCAAAGGGGAGGCCAUGAUUGCUAAGACGGCUGUUGAAUUUGUCGAAUACAAUAAGAGACAGAUGAGCAGGAUUUACCCCAAAGGAACAAGAAUGGAUUCAUCCAACUACAACCCUCAACCUUUUUGGAACGUCGGAUGCCAAAUGGUUGCUCUUAACUACCAGACGAUGGAUUUUCCCAUGCAGCUGAACAUGGCUCUGUUUGAAUUCAAUGGUAGAACAGGCUACCUCCUCAAACAUGACGUUUUGCGCCGUAGUGACAAGAAGUUUGACCCUUUCUGUGACAGGAUUGACACAGUCGUGGCAAGCACACUGACAAUAAAGAUCUACUCAGGACAGUUUCUUUCUGACAAGAACGUGAAAACUGGGGUGGAAGUGGAGGUGAUUGGUUUGCCAGGAGACCCCAAGAAGAAAUAUCGAACCAAGUGGUCCACCACACCCAACGCCAUCAACCCAGUGUGGAAUGAGGAGCCGUUUGUUUUUGAAAAGAUCCUGCUCCCAGAAAUGGCCGCCUUAAGGAUGGUAGUCCACGAAGAGAAUGGAAAAUUUGUGGGACACAGAAUCAUCCCUGUCGAUGCCAUCCAGUCAGGCUUCCAUCACAUCUGCCUGCGCAGCGAGAGCAACAUGCCUCUCACUCUGCCCGCUCUCUUUGUGUUCAUCGAGGUCAAGGACUACAUCCCUGCUGCCUUUGCAGAUUUCACAGAUGCUUUAUUUAAUCCUACAAAGGACAAGCCCUCAAAGACCCCCAAAGAGUCAUCCUCUGACUACAUUUCACCUUAUGAGUUGCCUCUUGAGACUCAAACCCCUGCUGACAAAGCCAGCGAAGCCCCCGCUGAAGAAAACACUGCAUCUGAACCUGAAGUAAACACUAAUACAGCAGACAAUUUACCCCAAACUCCUCCUGAAACUAGUGAAGAAAACGUCAAAGAGGCUGUUCCUCCCGAACCCGAGCAAUCUGAAACUCCUGCUGAAGCAACUGAGCCAGAUGUAGAAAAUUCAUCAAGUGAAAUUCCUCCUGCAAACCCUUCAUCAGCUGAGGAGGCUGAGAAAGCCCCAGAGCCAGAGGCCACUCCUGAAGCCAAAGAAGAAACAGUUUCUGAGCCUGUUUCAGAUCAUAAGGAUGCAUCUGAAGCAGUCAGCACCGAAGAACCCACACCUGAAAAAGAAACCACAGUGUCCUUGUCCGCUCCAGCAAAUGCAUCGACCGAGUCUGCAGAAUCAGAUCCCUCCACAGUGCCAAUUGAAGAACUGAUACUACACAAAAACUAUCUGAAGGUCACCAAGCGACAGGAGAAAGAGCUGAAGGAGAAUGAAAAGAAGUAUCAGAAAAAAACAGAAGAUCUGAUGCAAAAAUACUCAGACUCCUUCAAGGCUAUCAAAAAGAAGACUUCGCUGAAGAAAAAAGAGGGAGUGGACAAGUCUUCUGACAACAAUGUGAAGAAAGAGCGAGUGCAGGAGCAGAAGGAGAAAAUGCAGAUUGAGCUGAAUGCUCUGUGGACUGAACAGAGUGAACAGUUGAAGAAGAAGAAAGAGCAAUGUGCUACAGAGAGACUUGCCAAACUGUUGGAGAUGGCCACGGAGAGACACACCAUCGAACUGAAGACCUUGGAGAGUGAAACCAAAGAGAAGAAGAAAGCGCUAUUAAAAUCCUCCGAGAAGUGCAAGUUGAAAAAGUCAAAGAGCGUGGAGCUUCUGGAUGAGACAAGUCAGUCUGAUGUUGCCCCCUCUGACUACAGUCCACAACAAGAGGCUCUGAUGAAGAAACAAGAAGCCACACUAGAGGAAAUCAAGGCCCUGACUCACCAGCUCAACCAAGAGGCUCUGACUGAGCAUGCUCAGAAACUCAGGGCUCUGCCUGCAGAAGUAAAGGAGGCUGUAAACGUCUGUGUGGGAGCACAUUUCCCUGAAUUUGUUGAUGAGACUGGAGCCAAAAAGGCAGAAGGAGAAUGCUUUUACGGAAACGUCUUUCUGGGUUAGGUGCAGCCUUCAUUUUCCCUUUCACUCUGCAGCUUUAAACUUACAUGACUUCAACUCUGAACAAUGUUUAAAAGUAGUAGAGGAGGAUUAUUCAGUGAGCAAAGCUCUGGGUGAUUAAAGAUGCUUUUCCUGGAGAGUUAAUCUCCUGUUUGAUGCUUCAUUUCUGCUUCUUCUCACUCCUAAAUGAAGCUAACAUUGAAAAACAUCAUCCAAAUGAAGAACCUCCACUAAAAGCUGCGGCUUGGUACUUAUCGUCCUUCUUGCUCAAAUUCGGUAAUAAAACGAAUAAAUCUUGCAAGAGAAAUAGAUUGUUGCAAACUGCAGACUGAGUUAGACACUUUCUCCACUUGUCACACUUUCAGCACAACUUUGCUUCUGCGUGUGUGAUUCUGCGAGGCCACAGCAAAGAGCGCACUCAGCCCAGUGCAGUAAUAAAGUUCAGUUUAGACACUGAUGGGAAUUAAACGUCUUGCAAAGCAAAGAAACAUGUAUGCAAAAGACUAAACCAUUGCUGUUUUGGGAUUAAUUGAUAAUCCAGCAUAAUCAGGAAUUCAAAAUGUAUUAUCUUAAUCUUUCUUCUAUGCAAAUUGAUUCAAAUUUUUAUAUUGAGCAAAGUUAGUCCUGAGUGGAAAGAGUGGGUGUGUUUUGGAGCUCCAGCUUGCACUGAUGUAAACUGCCUUCCCCCCAGAACCAGUCCCUUUGAAACAUUGCAUUAAAGUUUCACUUGUGUUCAUUUCUGGUGCCUGAGCUACUUCUUUACUGAUUUAGACAAUUCAUCACAGCAUGAUAAAUAACCCCUUUUCAUGCCUUUUCCAGCAAAUAACCCAAAAUGUUGAAA